AUGACAACACAUAUACAUAUAAUGAACUUCGCAUCACUUUAUUGCCCACUUAGCAUUCCAAGAUCCUCUUCAGAGUAUGAAGCAGAACAGCCUCAAUUUCCAGAUGUCCCUGAAUCAAAACAUGGAUCUGUGUCUUUGGAAGCAGGAAUAUUGCAGCCAUUUCGUAUGGGUAUGGAACAAUUUUAUUCAGCCCCUGCAUCUGAUACUGUUUUCCAACAGUUGCUUCCCAUAGCUGAGGCAGCCCCAUUUGCAGAACCACCUGAUCCAAAAACAUGUUGUCCUGAAGAAUACUUAGAGUAUUACAUAUUUCCAGUACUCUUACCCGGAAUGGCUGAACUUCUGCAUCAAGCAAAGAAGGAAAAGUGUUUUGAGAGAAAAAGGACCAAAUUUAUUGCCUGUGAUUUCCUAACUGAGUGGUUAUACAACAAGAACCCAAAGAGGAAAGAUGAGUCAUUCACAGAAUUCUUUUCGAUUCCCUUUGUUAACGACUGGCUAAAGAACCAUCCUAGGCCACCAAUUCCUCUAUCUCUCCUUCUGUCAGAAGAAGAAGCAAGCAUAGUAAUUCAGUCCUUCUGGAGAGGUUAUCGGGUCCGCUGUGAUAGUGAAAUACAAGAGCUACGUCAGUGGCAAAAGCAGUUGCGAGAGGACAAAAAUAUUAUUAAGAGAGUGAAAGAAUUCUGGACUAAGCAGGAAGCCAAAGGUAGGUGAAUUAAAUUGGAAAACGAUGUUGUACCAGUCACCAUUGUGUGGUCUUUCAAUCUGAUGGCACUGUCACAGAUGUGUUCUCAUAUGGCCGAUCUUUGCCCUGAACUACGUAAGAGCAUGCAGGGUGCAAUUUCACGCAGUCAAGUGGAUCAAACUGGGAGCUGCCAAAAGCGUUGA